AUGUCAUACCGAGGCCCCCAGAAGAACCCGUUGAUCGUUCUUUCUGAUGGAUCAUGGAGCGGACGAGACGCUGGGUCGAAGUCCAACCUCUACCUUCUCGCCAACUUGAUAUGGGGUGGCAAAGGGCUGCCGAGAGACGAUGACCGCGCCCACCUUCACCCAACAGGAAAGGUGCACUACACCAACAGUGUCCCAGUCGGCAGCACAUUCAUGGACCAAGUCUUUCACGGCCUCAACGUCCAGGACAUCGAGCAGCAAUGCAUCGACACUUACGAGUUUCUCGUAUACGGAUUCACUCCUCUAGAGACCGAGAUCUGGAUGUUCGGCGUCUCCCGCGGUGCAUUCAUCAUCCGAUCAGUCGCCGGCAUGAUCAACAAUUGCGGCAUCAUCAAGCCCUCGUACCAAGCCAACGGCGAAGUCGACGAGGAUAAGACCCAUCAAAUGUGUCAGGAGGUCUACCGAAUCUACCGAGACCCGUCCGACAUCAACGCCCCGAAAUCCGAACAGUCCAGGCAGUUCAGGUGGAUGUACAGCUGGCCACUCAUCGGGGAUGGCGAAGUCAUAGACUCGCCCGUCAGAUUCAUGGGACUCUUCGACACAGUCGGCGAGCGCGGCAUUCCCGAGUUCGCAAGCGGCAUGGGCGUCGACUGGCCGAAACUCUACGACCAGCACGUCUCGAGCGUUGUGUCCGACGUCUACCAUGCCGUGUCGCUUCAUGACCGACUGUACGCCUUCCAACCGUGCAUGAUCUCCCGCGACACGGAAUACGGUCCCUCGUACGGCAUCACGGAGCGAUGGUUCCCUGGAACACACUACGACGUCAGUCGUCAACGAUUCAAGCUCGUCAGGGAUGUACUCCCUCAAAGACUUCAGGCUCUUCUGCCGGCCUGGACUUGGACGAGUCAGACGCUCAAGCCGAACGAGGUUCUCUCCGACCUCGUUCUCAAGUGGAUGCUGGAGUGCGUCGGCGAACACGACCCGUCCGGCUUCGUCAUUCCGAAGGGACAUCUCUACCGCGAGUUGGACAGGCUGAAGUACAACAUCCUCUCGGCGAGGAAAACCGGCGACGGAGAUGUCUACGACUCCAUCGUUCGCUUUGUUCCUUUCGGCCGUUAUCUGGAUCUCGCGCUGUCGACGGUCUUUGGCAAGUGGCAAGAGAGUCAGAUUUACCAGCUUCUCUUUGCGUGUAGGCCGCGGCAGAUUCCUGAGAACAACGCGUCUGUGUACAAUUAUCGCAACCCCGACCCUGAUCUGGAUGGAAGAAUCAUUCAGAAGUUGGCUGGACUGCCUGGUAGCUCAGCGGAUCCCAAAAGAGAGGUUGCUUCUAGGUACCCCUCCACGACAUAUGACCAAUGGUGGCUGGGACGCUCUUGA